GUGGACUUUUAACUUCUAUCAGCCUUGCCAUUACUAGAUAUAACGUGAACAUGGAAUAUAUACAAACCAAUUUAAAAACUCCAAGAUUUAAUGUCCACUUACAUUUUCCUGCUUAAUUUGUAUGUAUGGCUAUUGCUUUUCUAAAAGCAUUCUUGGAGUAUUUGUAAGAAGACAUACCAUUCCAAAUUGGCAUGAAAAAAACUAGAUGGAGAAUUUACGUGCAUCUUCAUUGCCUGGAAAAUCUUGGCCCUAGUCUUUUAAGAUACCAUUCCUACAAAUCCUGUGAUCCAUAUGGAAUAAGUAUAAUCUGGAUGAGGAGAAGAAGGGUGUGCAUCUAUUAAUAUGCUGAAGCAUGAGAAUGUAAUGAGUGGAACAAAAAGGGAGUGGUUGAUAAUAAAGAGGCGGGGAAUAUUUAUUAUGUGAAUUCAAGCUCUGAUGAAAAAACUGGUUUAGCAACCAGCCUCGAUAGCUUCAAUAGACAAUUUUGAAUAAAGGCAAGCUGGUAAAGCAGACACUAAAAUGUUGAGCAUAACUCAAGCUUUUGUAGCAGUGGCUGUAUUUCUUCUAAUGACGCAGUUUUUAAAGUUGCAACGAGUGCGGAGACGGUUUCCUCCUGGACCAGUCCCUCUCCCAGUCUUUGGGACACUGAUACAGCUGAACUUUCAGUUUGAUCGUGAUCUUCUCAUGCAGCUGGCAAAAAUUUAUGGCAACAUAUUCACCUUAUGGUUUGGAUGGGCCCCAGUGGUUAUACUGAAUGGAUUUCAAGCAGUGAAGGAUGGUAUGACCACACACCCUGAAGAUGUUUCUGGCAGGCUGGUGUCACCUUUCUUCAGAGCAAUGGCCAAAGGAAAAGGAAUUAUGUUGGCAACUGGUCACACCUGGAAGCAGCAGAGAAGGUUUGCUCUGAGGACUUUACGCAACCUUGGUCUGGGGAAAAGAGGUCUGGAGUACCGAGUGCAAGAAGAAGCCCACUACCUGGUAGACUUCUUUGCAAGUAUGAAAGGGAAACCUGUGAAUCCUUCUUUCCCUCUUGUCCAUUCUGUCUCAAAUGUAAUUUGUUCUGUCGUGUUUGGACAUCGUUUCUCCAGAGAAGAUGAGGCCUUUCAUGAGCUGAUAAAAGCUACAGAACGUAUCUUCAAGUUUGGGGGCAGCUUUUUUCAUCAUCUCUAUGAAAUCUUCCCCUGGCUGAUGAGUCGUCUCCCUGGGCCGCACAAGAGGGUGUUGGCUUGUUAUGAUGUCCUGAGCAACUUUACACGGAGAGAAAUCCGAAUGCACACAGAGCGGGGGACACCAGAGGAGCCACAGGAUUUCAUUGACUUCUACCUAGAUCACAUUGAGAAAUCCAAAGAUGAACCCGGGUCAACAUACAAUGAAGACAAUAUGAUUUAUUCUAUAAAUGAUCUUUUCUUGGGUGGCUCAGAGACAUCAAGCACUACAUUGAACUGGGGCCUUCUCUAUAUGGUGGCAAACCCAGACAUCCAAGAGAAAGUGCAGAAGGAGCUGGAUGCUGUUCUGGGUCCAUCCAAGUUAAUCUGCUACGAGGAUCGGAGAGAGCUGCCCUACACAAAUGCUGUGAUUCAUGAGAUCCAGCGCUUCAGCAACAUUAUUUCAACUGGCAUGCCCAGGGUGUGUGUGAGGAACACAACCUUGCUUGGCUUUCCCCUCAAAAAGGGCACCAUAGUUCUUCCAAAUAUUGCUUCAUCUUUGUAUGACCCAGAGCACUGGGAAACACCUCGACAGUUCAACCCUGGUCACUUUUUGGAUAAGGAUGGAAACUUUGUGGCCCAAGACGCCUUCUUACCAUUCUCGAUAGGGCACCGGGUGUGUUUGGGGGAGCACUUAGCCAGGACCGAGCUCUUCAUUUUCUUUGCCAGCCUGCUGCGGGCGUUCACCUUCCGCCUCCCCGAGGGAGUGACCAAGAUCAACACUGAGCCCAUUUUUGGGGGCACUCUGCAGCCCCACCCCUACAGCGUCUGUGCCAUCCCACGCUAGGCUGGACAUGCGCAGUGUGUCACAGACCAUCUAUGAAACAUCUUUCUGAUUUUUCUGAAUGUAUCUAUUGAGACCAUAUAAUGCUUUUUGUAUUGGAUUUGAAUUUCUAGUUCAAAAGCCACCUUUUGUCUACAGUAGGUAAUUUUAUUUAGACUCUGUUACCUGCUUACAAAGGUGAUCUUUUUUUGUGGUAAAAAUUCUUUUGAUCUCUAAGACUCCAUCAUUCUCAGCUAUAAAGGCAUCUUGCAGUUGC